AUGAUGCUCCACUGGAAGCUGCUGGGGACGCUGCUGCUGGGCCUGUGCCUGUGCCUGGGAGGCAUCUCAGGCAGUGGAGACCACUCCUCCCCCCCACCCACAGCGGCUGGACAGGAGGAGGGCUCCCCAACAUUGCCUCAGGGUGCCCCCAUCCCCGGGGACCCCUGGCCAGGGGCACCCCCUAUCUUUGAGGACCCUCCGCCUCCAGGCCCCAGUCAUCCCUUGAGAGACCCGCCUGAAUCUGGAGUCUGGCCGCCUAAGCCUCCUAGAACUGACCCCCCUAAGCCCCCCCGGCCUGACGACCCCUGGCCAGCAGGCCCCCAGCCUCCAGAAAACCCCUGGCCUCCUGCCCCGGAGACGGACCACUGGCCUCAGGGGGAGCCAGGCCUUGACCCUCCCCGGGAUGAGCACUGA